AUGGCUCCCGUCGACGUUCAGCAAUAUGAUUACAUUGUCCUGGGUGGUGGCAGCGGUGGUAGCGGCAGCGGUCGCCGCGCAGCCGGCUGGUACGGCGCAAAGACCUUGAUCGUGGAAAGUGGCCGGUCUGGCGGUACCUGCGUCAACGUUGGUUGCGUUCCCAAGAAGAUGACCUGGAACUUCGCGACCAUCAACGAGAUGCUCGAGGUUGGCAAGCACUACGGCUAUGAUAUCCCCGAGAAGGUCAAGUUUGAUUAUACCCACUUCAAAAACACCCGUGAUGCCGUUAUCAAGCGAUUGAAUGGUAUCUAUGAGCGCAACUGGGGUCGGGAAGGUAUCGACCUUGUCCACGGCCGCGCUCGCUUCGUUGAGUCUAAGGUGAUCGAGGUUGCCAAUGAGGACGGCAGCGUGUCCCGCUUCACUGCGCCGCACAUUCUGAUCGCUACCGGUGGCCGUCCCAAUGUUCCCAAGGUGCCCGGUGCCGAGCACGGUAUCACUAGCGAUGGCUUCUUCGAGCUCGAAGAGCUCCCUCCCAAGGUUGCUGUUGUCGGUGCUGGCUACAUCGCCGUCGAGUUGGCCGGUGUGAUGAAUGCCGCAGAUGUCGAGACUCACAUGUUCAUCCGCGGCGAGCACUUCUUGCGCAAGUUCGACCCUAUGGUUCAGAAGACCAUGACUGAUCGUUACGAUGCGGCCGGUGUCAAGCUUCACCGCAACCACUCUGGCUUCAAGGAGGUUAAGCUUAUCCGUGACGGCAAGGGCAAGGAUCGUCUGAUCAAGUUGAUCAGUCACGACGGUUCUGAGUUGGAGGUCAACGAGCUCCUGUGGGCUGUUGGUCGUGCUCCCGAGGUCGAGGACCUGCACAUUGACAUCCCCGGCAUUAAGCUGAACCCUAGCGGCCACAUUGUUGUCGACGAGUACCAGAACACUUCUGUUGAGGGAGUCUACGCCAUUGGUGAUGUUACCGGCCAGGCUGAACUCACACCCGUUGCCAUUGCCGCCGGUCGCCAGCUGGGCAACCGUAUCUUCGGUCCUCCUGAGCUCAAGCACUCCAAGAUCUCGUAUGAGAACAUCCCGACUGUCGUCUUCUCCCACCCGGAGGUUGGUGUUGUCGGUCUCACCGAGCCCGAGGCCCGCCAACGCUACGGCGACGACAAGAUCAAGAUCUACCAUACCAAGUUCACUGCCAUGUUCUAUGACGUUCUACCCGCCGAGGAGAAGCCCAAGAACCCCACGGAGAUGAAGAUCAUCUGUGCUGGUCCUCAAGAAAAGGUUGUCGGCCUGCACAUUCUGGGUCUUGGUGUUGGUGAGAUGCUGCAGGGAUUCGGCGUCGCCGUGAAGAUGGGUGCUACCAAGCAGGACUUUGAUAGCUGUGUCGCUAUCCACCCAACUAGCGCCGAGGAGCUGGUUACCUUGCGGUAG